AUGCAGCCCAGCAGCCAGCUGCAUGCAGCCAGCAGAAAGCAGCCAUCAGAAAGUAGACAGCAGCAUGCAGCCAGCAGAAAGCAGCCAGCAGAAAGCAGCCAGCAGAAAGCAGCCAGCAGCAUGCAGCCAGCAGAGGCAGCCAGCAGCAUGAAGCCAACAGAAAGCAGCCAGCAGCAUGCAGCCAGCAGAAAGCAGCCAGCAGAAAGCAGCCAGCAUGCAGUCAGCAGAAAGCAGCAUGCAGCCAGCAGAAAGCAGCCAGCAGAAAGCAGCCAGCAGCAUGCAGCCAGCAGAAAGCAGCCAUCAGAAAGCAGACAGCAGCAUGCAGCCAGCAGAAAGCAGCCAGCAGAAAGCAGCCAGCAACAUGCAGCCAGCAGAAAGCAACCAGCAGCAUGCAGCCAGCAGAAGCAGCCAGCAGCAUGA